CCCAGACCGAAUGCGCUCGGCUAUUUCCGCCCGGGGGGCGGGCCCGGCGACUUGGAACCGCGGCGACGGCGGCUGACGCAGGGAUCCCGCGGCUGCGGCGGCGGUGGUGGUUGCGACGGCGGCCUUGACUGGGCUGGCAUCCCUGGCUGAGCAUGAUAGCGGCCUGUGGCCUGGGUUUCCUCAUCUGGUGUCAGACAUACCCUGAAGAGCUAGCAAGCUUGGGCACCCACGGCUCAGCUCAUGACAGCGUGAUCUGCCUGCCCCAGCCUGGCCAUCUCAUGUGGGACACAAGCUGAGUGAUCUGAGAAAACACCAGAGACAGCCUUGCACAGGUGACUAAAUGGUGGACUCUGUGACAAGUGGCCAGGCAUGAGCGGCCCUAAGGCCGCCUGUGACUUCUGAAGUAGAGGUCUGUGAGCCUACCACACCGGCUGCCCCAGCCCAUGGGGCCUCGGGAGCCUCCGGGAGCCACGUGACUGUCCAGACCCCACCAGGCCCAGCUAUGGCGGGUGCUGAGGGCUUCCAGUACAGGGCUGUGUACCCAUUCCGCCGGGAGCGGCCCGAGGACCUGGAACUAUUGCCUGGAGACCUACUGGUGGUGAGCCGGGGGGCCCUGCAAGCCCUGGGCGUGGCGGAUGGAGGGGAGCGCUGCCCACACAACGUGGGCUGGAUGCCUGGCUUCAAUGAGCGUACCCGGCAGCGAGGGGACUUCCCUGGAACGUAUGUGGAGUUCCUAGGACCCGUCGCUCUGGCUCGACCAGGACCUCGCCCACGAGGCCCCCGUCCAUUGCCUGCCAGGCCCUUGGAUGGGCCCUCCGAGUCAGGUGUCGCCCUGGCAGACCUGGCAGAGCAGUUCUCACCGCCUGAGCCCGCCCCGCCCAUUCUGGUCAGGCUGACAGAGGCCGUCGAGCAAGCAGGGCUGGACAGCGAGUGCUACAGUAGACCAGAGCUGCCUGCACCUCGGACAGACUGGUCCCUGAGUGACGUGGAGCAGUGGGACCGCACCACCUUGUGUGAUGCCGUGAAGGGCUUCCUGCUGGCAUUGCCUACAGCUGUCCUGACUCCUGAGGCUGUGGCAGAGGCGCACCGGGCACUGCAGGAGGCUGCAGGGCCCGUGGGGCCGGUGCUGGAACCCCCAACGCUACCGCUGCACCAGGCACUCACGCUGCGGUUCCUGCUGCAGCACCUGGGCCGUGUAGCCCGCAGAGCUCCCGCACAGGCCGCAGCCAUCCACUCGCUCGCUAGCGCCUUUGGGCCACUAUUACUGCGCACACCUCCGCCAGGGAGUGACAUUGAUGGGAGCGAGCUUGGGCCUGACUUCCCAGGGCUGCUGUUGGGGAGGCUGCUGCAGGAACACGUGGACGAGCAGGAUGCUGCCCCCCCAGCACUGCCACCCAAGCCCUCUAAGGCCAAGCCGGCCCCCACAGCUCUGGCCAAUGGAGGAAACCCACCAUCGCUUCAGGAUGCAGAGUGGUACUGGGGAGACAUCUCCAGGGAAGAGGUGAAUGAGAGGCUCCGGGACACACCUGAUGGCACCUUCUUGGUCCGGGAUGCAUCCAGCAAGAUCCAAGGAGAGUACACACUCACCCUCAGGAAAGGCGGGAACAACAAGCUGAUCAAAGUCUUCCACCGGGAUGGUCACUACGGCUUCUCGGAGCCCCUCACCUUCUGCUCCGUGGUAGAGCUCAUCUCUCACUACCGCCACGAGUCGCUGGCCCAGUAUAACGCCAAGCUGGACACACGCCUGCUCUACCCCGUGUCCAAGUACCAGCAGGACCAGGUGGUGAAGGAGGACAGCGUGGAGGCCGUGGGCGCGCAGCUCAAAGUCUACCACCAGCAGUACCAGGACAAGAGCCGCGAGUACGACCAGCUGUACGAGGAGUACACACGAACUUCCCAGGAGCUUCAGAUGAAGCGCACAGCCAUAGAGGCCUUCAAUGAGACCAUCAAGAUCUUCGAAGAACAGGGCCAGACACAGGAAAAGUGCAGCAAGGAGUAUUUGGAGCGCUUCAGGCGAGAGGGCAAUGACAAGGAGAUGCAGAGGAUCUUGCUGAACUCAGAGCGACUCAAGUCUCGCAUUGCGGAGAUCCAUGAGAGUCGCUCGAAGCUGGAACAGGAUCUGCGAGCACAGGCCUCGGACAACCGAGAGAUCGACAAGCGCAUGAACAGCCUCAAACCCGAUCUCAUGCAGCUACGCAAGAUCCGGGACCAGUACCUUGUGUGGCUCACGCAGAAAGGUGCCCGACAGAGGAAGAUCAAUGAGUGGCUGGGAAUCAAGAACGAGACUGAGGACCAGUAUUCACUGAUGGAGGAUGAGGACACCCUCCCCCACCACGAGGAGCGCACGUGGUACGUGGGCAAGAUCAACCGCACACAGGCGGAGGAGAUGCUGAGUGGCAAAAGGGACGGGACCUUCCUCAUCCGGGAGAGCAGCCAGCGCGGCUGUUACGCAUGCUCCGUGGUGGUGGACGGCGAUACCAAGCACUGCGUCAUCUACCGCACGGCCACAGGCUUCGGCUUCGCGGAACCCUACAACCUGUACGCGUCCCUGAAGGAGCUGGUGCUGCACUACCAGCACGCGUCGCUUGUGCAGCACAACGACGCACUCACCGUCACCCUUGCGCACCCGGUGCGCGCACCCGGGCCUGGCCCACCCACGGCCCGCUGAGAAACCCCCACUCGCCUGCCCUGUCUUCGCCCUGUCCCUCUCAGCCGCACUGCCGUGUUUACAGAGGCUGCGGGGCCUCCACCUGGGUGCCCCGAGAUUUUCAAGCCAUAUCCCCGGGGCCAGGGCAGGAAGGAACUGCGCUGGGCUGUUUCCAGGAAUUUAGCCUGGACACUCGGGGCCGGGCGGGACCCGCCCCGCAGACCCCAACUUCCCCUCUAAAGGUCGAAGUGAAACCAGCGGCAGGGGCUUACCCCACAGCUGCAAAGUUCCCCUUCCAGAAGGCAGAAUUAGAACUCAGCUGCCCGGCCCUGCCCAGGCCCCCGCGCUAUUCUCCAACUGUGCAAUCUCCUCUUUGAGACAAGGACCCUGGGUGUCACUGCCCUUGAACCCCAUACCUGCCCAGGGCUGACGGGGAACGGGUUUUGUACGGUACGUUUAUUGAUACGAAUAUGAAACACUGUA